GCAGUAAUUACGCCCACUCUAUCUUCAAAACAGAAAGAGCAAGGCCAGGGGAAACCAUCGUAUAACCCGGUAACCCACACUUCAUCGGCUCAACUUCUACACUGCCGGCGUGUGAAUUAACCCAAGCUUUCCCCCAGAAGACCCUACCCCGAAAAAAUGCUUCUCCAGCCGUCUCUGCAUCAAUCCAAGCUUUCUAUCUCCUCCACCAUCUCCUACUCCAGCUCCUUCCCAUGGAGAACUCCCAACUUCACCCCUCGCCGGGCUCUCGAUCGUUCCACAUUCCCAAUCACUUGCUCCAUCUCACAAGUUCACAGCUAUGGAACUGUUGAUUUCGAGAGGAGACCUCUAAUCAACUGGAACGGUGUCUACAGGAGGAUUUCGUUAAUGGAGAACCCAGAUUUGGGCGCUGGUACCGUGUUGGCGCUGUGCGAGAAAGAAGGUAAGAAGCUCACCAAAUGGGAGCUCUGCAGGGUCGUCAAGGAAUUGCGGAAGUACAAACGAUUCAAACAGGCUCUUGAGGUUUAUGAUUGGAUGGGUAGCAAAGGAGAUAAAUUUAGGCGAUCUGCUAGUGAUGCCGCAAUUCAGGUGGACCUUAUAGCCAAAGUUCAUGGAGUUUCUGCUGCCGAAGAAUACUUUCAGGGUGUUCCUGAUACUUUGAAGGAUAGAAGGAUCUAUGGAGCUCUGCUCAAUGCUUACGUUAAGCAUAAAGAGAAGGAAAAGGCCGAAAUGCUGAUUGACAAAAUGAGAGACAAAAACUAUGCAACCCAUGCACUUCCUUUCAAUGUGAUGAUGACCCUGUACAUGAAUCUGAAGGAGUAUGAUAAGGUCGACAAAUUGAUCUUCGAGAUGACGAAGAAGAACAUCCAGCUCGAUAUGUAUUCCUACAACAUAUGGUUGUCGUCUCGUGGGUCCGAAGGUGCUGUAGAGAAGAUGGAGCAGGCGUUUGAGCAAAUGAAACUGGAUAGGCAUGUUACUGCUAACUGGACUACCUACAGCACGAUGGCGACAAUGUACCUAAAGAUGGGACUGAAUGAGAAAGCGGAAGAUUGCUUGAAGAAGGUCGAGGGAAGAAUCACUGGGCGUGAUAGGAUGCCUUACCACUAUCUCUUGAGUUUGUACGGUAAUGUCGGCAAGAAAUCAGAAGUUAUCCGUGUUUGGAAUACAUACAAAUCGAAUUUCCCCAAUAUCCCUAAUCUGGGAUACCAUGCUGUGAUCUCUUCUCUGGUCCGGUUGGGCGACAUUGAAGCAGCAGAGAACAUGUAUGAUGAAUGGAUGCAAAUCAAGACAUCUUAUGACCCCAGAAUUGCAAAUCUGCUCAUGGGUUCUUAUGUUAAAGAUGGCAACUUUGACAGAGCUGAGAGUCUAUUUCACGAUAUUACCGAAGCAAGAGCAAAGCCGAACUCUAAUAGUUGGGAAAUUCUUGCUGAAGGCCAUGUGGCAGAGAAGAGAGUUUCUGAAGCUUUGAGUUGCUUGAAGGAAGCUCUUGAUUUCGACUCUUCCAAGAGGUGGAAGCCAAAGCCUGCAAUUGUUUCUUCCUUCUUUAAGCUUUGUGAGGAGGAAGGGGACUUGGUAAGUAAGGAUGUACUGGAGAAUUUAUUCAGGCAGUUGGGAUUCCUUGAAGAUAAAAACUAUGCAUCUCUCAUCGGUUUGUCCAUCAGUGGCAAUGAAAAAGAGUCAAACAAGAGAGACAGCAGCAGCGAUGGGAACUACUAUGAAUCAAAUGAAGAUGCUGAAGACUCAGAGGUGCUUCUUAACUAGCUGCAGGCUAGUGUUUGAAAUGUUUAGACUUUUGGGUACCGAGAGUGAUUUUACUGAAUAGGAAUGCUUUACUCUCUAACAAAGCUGAAAGUUGGAAUCUAUCUGAGAGUAAGUGCAUACCGUGAACCACCUCCUAUUUCUCCCCUGGCAUGGUUUGGCAACCGGAUUUUUGUGUAAUAAUAAUAUCUAUCCGAGAUACAAAAUCUAGAUUGUACCUGGGUUGAGGUAAAGUUCGUCAACUAGUAGAUUUGCAGUGUAAAUCAUCCAUUUCUCUAAUACGGGCAGCCAAUUUGGUAUGGAAUGCUUGCACUCUUACUGUAUUUCAAGGGUGCCAACACGGAAAUAAAACAAAAUCACCGGUUUAAUAUA